AUGGCACCUAUCGACAUAGUCGUGAUUGGAGGCUCAUUUGCAGGCCUUCAUAUCGCCCACUCUGUGCUACGUGAUGUGCCAGAUGCAAAGGUUGUGCUGAUCAAUCCUUCAACCAGUUUCUAUUGGAAUAUCGCCGCCCCGCGCAUCCUCACCAAACCCAAGGCCUUUCGCCCUGAACAAUACUUGGUUCCAAUCAAGAGUGCAUUUGUAGGGUACCGGCCCGAUGCGUUCGAGUUUAUUCCUGGUGUUGCAACCGCCAUCGAUACUGCCGCCAAGUCGGUUGCCGUGACUCCCAACGAAGGAGAUUCCAGGACCUUAUCAUAUGACUAUCUCGUUAUCGCAUCGGGCAGCACCACAUCUGCCUCUACCGGCUCGCUCACUGGCACUUCUAUCCCAUUCAAGCCAUCGGGCCACAAUGAUAUAAAGCAGCUGAUCCAGUCGGCCCAAGAACACAUUGCUGGCGCGAAGGAGAUCGUGAUUGGCGGUGCAGGCCCCAUCGGUGUUGAGUUGGCUGGCGAACUAGCCGAAGCAGUGGAAGAGAGCGGAAAUGCUGGCAAGGUUUCUAUCACUCUUGUCUCGGCGACCGAUCGCGUGCUCCCAAUGCUCAAGGGAUCUGCUAGCUCCGCUGCUCGCAAGAUGCUCGAGCAUAAGAAGAUCAAGCUUGUGACCUCGGAGCGAGUCAUUGGCGUAGAGACGCCAGCUGAUGAUUCUUCCAGCUGGACCGUCUCCCUGGAAAGCGGAGAUAAACUUUCGGCUGACUUGUAUAUCCCAACUACCGGCGUGACCCCCAACAACAGCUUCAUCCCACCCCAGUUCCUGGAUAAGGAUGGCUGGGUGACUGUGAACAACGAGAUGCGUGUGCAGUCGACUGACGGUUCAAUCUUGCCUAUCUUUGCUGCCGGCGAUAUCACCAAUAACUCGAUGCGUCUCAGUUUCAAGGCCACGGAGCAAGCGCACGUGGCGGCAGCCAAUCUAAAAGCGGCUAUUGUGGGUGGUACUGCCAUCAAGACCUACAAUCAGGGCGAGGGCAUUAUGAUGAUCGUACCUGUUGGCGAAGCUGGUGGUACGGGUCAGAUCUUUGGAUUUGUGCCUUUCAGUUUCAUGGUCAAGAUGAUCAAGGGCAAGCAUUACUUCAUUGACAAGGCUGUUGGCACGGUGGCUGGCAAGUCCUAG